AUGAACCGUACGGUCACCGUUUCUGUGGUCGGCGUCAGUGGCAGAGAAGCAGUUAAAGGUAACAAAGGUGUUGGCAAAUCCUUGAUCUGCAAUCGGUUUGUUCGCGGAGACUUCGAUGAGUUCUUUACGGAACACUGCUCUGUACUCUCGCAGACACUAAGACUUCUGAAGCAUUCUGAUGAGAAGUACGAUUGGCUUAAAGGUGCGGAAAGCGAGAGUAUGUGCAUUACGACAGAUUUUUGCGGUUCUCCUGUAAUCAACUGCGAUCAUUGGUUGUUCUGGGGUGAACGACAGGUAAAUCUUGACGAUGCAGGCCACCAAGUUACCAUCAGAGUUAUUGAACAAACAGAGUUCCUCGACGAUGAAACGUACGAGCCUAUAGCCGGAACCUCAUCAUCGGAAGCAUAUAUGAAACGAUGUUGCCAGAUACGGUUAGAGAGCCGUGACAAACUUAUGUAUAUUCAGAAAGAGCAACUCGGUCUUGAAGCUGAAUUUAAGCAACAGGUACUACCCGAUGGGAAAUGCACAGUAGAUGCGUUUAUUUUUGUGUUCGAUUCUAGCAGAACCGAGGGGAGGAGUUUCGAAAGCCAAUGUUCAACGUCGUUAUGUAUUUUGUCGAACGUGAUCAGAACGAAGAAACCGGUGGUGGUGGCGUUUAGUCAAGCAGACAGUGCUGAUGAAGAAGCGCGGAAAGCCUUGCAAUCACUUCUUAGUCAAAGAGACAUCAAAAACACCCAUAUCAGUGUGGUUGAAGUAUCCGCUUUAAUGAAUGUCAAUGUGGAUGAGCUGUUCGUGACGACGGCCUGUCUGGUGUUGCGAAACAAGCUAAAGCUGAAGGUUUUGUCAUUUUCAGAGGCGAAUAAGAUUGUCACCGAGAGAAAUAGACAAGUGAAGAUCGCCUUCACUCGCCUGCUAAAAACAUUGCUACCCUUCGAAAGUUGGCCAUCAGAACGUUUAUCGUGGACGAGGCUAGUUACCGAGCGAUGCUUAGACAGCCAACCAGACUACUGCAACUUUAUGCGAGUCUAUGGUAAAGCCGCAGCGAAGAAAGUCUACGAAAUCCACGUAAAUGAGGCGAGGGAACAUUGGAUGGCAACACGAAUUCACGCGCUUGUACCAAAUCUGCCACGAGUUUUCGCUGCACUGUUAGAGAAAUCUGACGUGACUCAGUUGAGUUGGUCGACUGCUAAUCAAAUGAUCCAUUCGCACCCUUUGUUUGACGAGUUCUUUCAGCCGAUUGGCCAACUUGGGAAGCAACUUGAUUCUCUGCCAUCUGAUCAUAGGAAGCGUAUGUCACAGUCAGCUAUCGCGGAUAAUCGUAUUCCGGCUGAAAUUUUGCUCCGAUUCGAAGCCCGGCAGGCUUUCGAAAUGUACAAGGGCUUCUCUGCGUACGAUUCUUUACCACCAGGUCAUGCGGCGAUGGUGUAUAACCGUUUCCAGCAUCACCUGGUAAAACGAGCUGAGAGUGAGUUCCAUGAAUGUAUACUGGAGAAUAUAGAGCUUUUCGUCAAUAUUGUUCGAAAAAAUCGCGAACAGUUCGUCAGCGACGACUUUACUAUAUGUGAAGGGGUGAUGGAAAGAAUCAAGGACGUGCUACAGGAUGACUUCAGAUUCCGCCAGUUAUCACGGUUAUUUGAGUUACGUGAUACCCUCAUUCGUCGUUUCAUCACUCUUCUGGUCCAACAUUCACUCAGUGACUGCCCAGCGUUUUCACAGUGUGCUGAACUUGCUAUCCGUGAUGCUAUCACCUUAUUCUUUCAGAAGAAAAAGCUGCUCAAUCUUGAUGCCAGUCACCUUAUUGAAAUUUCUGUGCAUGGCGAAAUAGCGAUUGUUGCCCAGUUUAUCAUGGAUAUGAAAGUUUUACUGCGAAAUGAGCCAUUUCAGUCCGAUAAUGGUCCAGCGAUGAUUCGCUGUUACGAUGCUAGCGAGAUCGCGAUGCAUAAAAACCGUGAUCAAACUCCUCUUUUUCUUCUAGAUUCUGGCAGAUCGAUAAAUUACGCUAAUGAAUAUACAAAUCACUUUCGCGUCAAUUCGAGCAUGGAUACCAUCGGCAGAUCGGCUAAAUAUUUCCCACCAGUCUAUGUGCUGGGAGACAACAUCUGCCAGCAUGACUCUCUGCCCUAUUUAUAUCAAGAGCUCUCUGUACUCUGCGGUGAUCCGUUUUCCAUCGAAACAGUUCUGAUCGCUUUGCUGGGUAUGGAAAAUGAUACGCUAAGGGAAAUAUAUGAUCCGUGUCAGAUUGGAAAUGUUUUCUCCAGAAGGGCUGCUUCAUUCGCUCAUGCUCGUUCUGCGGUAUCCCGUGUGCUCGAUAAUGGGUGCUUCACGCUGACUGGGAAGGCGAUUCUGCUCGUAGCUGUGCUGCACGAUUAUUUCAACGAUGAGGAAACGAAUUUGCUAGUCGUAGAAGGUAGUGAGCUUGCGACGAGCAUUGGGGCAUCGUUCAUCACUAUAUCACCGGAUGCGAGUUCUUGUCAAACUGUUGAACUGGCUGAGUUCUUUGAACACAUUCGUACUAUGGUUCCGAAAACAUCUACACUUGAACUACCAUUCAGGAAUGAAAGUCCUCCGUACGCAAGCAUCGACCAACGUGAAAGUGAUCGCUUUCGAAAAGAUUCGGGUAGCAUGUACGGUUCAUAUACGAAAAGUCAUUCCACUGGUACACUAUUAUCACAAUCAAUAAGUGGUGAGUCCACGAUUUCUGCAAAACCAUUUGAAGAGUUAAUGUCAGCUUCUUCGGCACCGACGUUAAGAUCCCCACCACCAAUAACCCGCACUGGGUACAGUCCAAAUGUGAUCUCGCCACUCUGCUUGCCAGUACCGUACGACCCAUGCCCACUAUCACCGCCUACAAUGCCGGAUGCGAUUGAUGUUUCGACCGAAUAUUCUAUGGUUCAGGAUGCUUUGACGGAUGACCACCACUAUGCAACCCUCGAUUUCUGUACAACGACGAAUCAAAGAUUUCUUGGGGAAGAGAUGUCGAGGACUGUAAAGAAAGACAAAGAGCACUCUCUACGCCCGGAGAUCUUUUUGUAUCAAUCGAGCACGGAACCGUCAGCCUCUCCACCCACUACGAUUAGUCAACCGUCAUCUGCAAGUUCACUGACGUCGACACGACGUAGUGGUGAUAUUGCUGAACUAGAACAGCCGGCGCUACCAAAGCCACCAGGACUGAAACCUUGUUCGCAGCGGACUAAAACAUCGUCAAUGAAACCGCGAAUUCCUCCAAAACCCACUACAUCUUUAACUCUCCAGAGAAUGACGUGUUCUAUGCCUUCGCGUUCGAUCACUAUGGAUGUCAUUAACCGUGAAUCGGUUAUGAAAGCAAGACAGAUUUUUACACAGACAGAUGCUAAAUUGCCUGCAUUAAGGCAUUCUCUGAGUGUAGAAUCAUUUGCGGACCUUAUGGGUGAGAAGAAGAAGAGGUUCCGCUUUGGUGUCGUGGGUGCUACAGAUACGUUGCAAACAUUGGCUAAGAAAAACAGUGGUAUACCUCUGUUCCUCAUGCGUUGCAUCGAAUUCAUCGAGAAGGAUGGCGGUCUGCAGACGGAAGGCUUAUACCGUGUGCCGGGUAAUCAAGCUCAGCUGUCUGAACUUGAAAAAGCAUUUCGUGAAAAGGGUGAUGUAGAUAUCGCAACCCUUGACAUGCCUGUGCAUGUGGUCGCAACCGCGGUAAAGAAUUUCCUCAGCUGUCUUUCUGAGCCACUAAUACCUAUCAGUCUACAGAAGGACAUUCUGGACUGUUUAAAUGGACCAAAGAUAAUUGAGCGCCUGCGAAUGAUAAUGGAUAGGCUGACACCGGUGAAUCGCAAAGUUCUCGUCUAUUUCACUUCGCAUUUACAUCGAGUUGCCUCUUCACCAAACACCGCCAUGGACAUUCACAACCUAUCAAAAGUAUUUUUCCCAACGUUAUUCAGACCUCAAUUCAACGAUUUUGUCGAGAUGUCUACUGGUACAGCUAAGUUCCAACAAGCAACGGAAGUAAUACUUCAAAAUGCUUAUGAGAUCUUCCAGACGCACUAA